AUGAACGAAUUCGAUUCGCACAACAGAGGCCAGUGGUUCUUUGGCCAAAUGAACCGGGAAGAAGCUGUUGAAAAACUACAGCGCAAAAACCACGGGACCUUCUUGGUGCGCAAGUCUCCCCGAGCUCCCGACGACUACGUCCUCUCCGUGUCGCAGAACGGCCGCGUGAUGCACUACAAGAUUAUUCGCCAGUCGGACAACACUUACAUGAUCGGCGACUUGAACUUCCAAGAUCUUCCGCAGCUUCUUGAUCAUUACAAAGUGAAUCUGUUGGAUACAACUACGCUUAUUUCACCCCUAGAAAGGCCAAGGCAUCAGCCGGAACCGAUGAUUCAGCCCCGCCUCGCCAAGGAACUCGUCAAGGCGAUCUACGACUUCGCCGGAACCGACGACGAGGACUUGCCUUUCCGUCGCGGCGAAAUCUUGGAAGUCAUUGAAAAACAAGAAGAAAAGUGGUGGCGCGCGAAAAACGACGACGGAAAGACAGGAACAAUCCCGGUCCCGUACGUCUCUCCCUUUACGAGGAAUCCUCCGAGCUCUGGAACGCCGAGUUCAUCACCUGGUGGCUCCAGGCCGCCUUCCCACAACGACGCUGUUUUGGCCAGAGUCAUCAUGCGACGAGUGCCCAACGCUUACGAUCCCCAAGCUCUUCCUCUCGAUGUAAAUGAUAUAAUCGAAGUGACGCGCAGAAACGUGAACGGUCAAUGGGAAGGCAGAAUCCGCGGCACUUCCAGAGAAGGGCACUUUCCGUUCACGCAUGUGAAGAUAAUUGACGCUUCAGAAUUGCAAUAA